AUGUCAUUAUUGUCGAAAUUGCGGUGCAUUACAGUGGAUGUUACCGGUACGUUGUUAGCUUACAAGGGGGAGCUUGGUGACUACUAUUGCAUGGCAGCCAAAUCUGUAGGGCUGCCAUGCCCUGAUUACGAAAGAGUGCAUGAGGGCUUCAAAUAUGCAUAUAAAGAUAUGGCCAGCAAGUAUCCAUGUUUUGGACAUGCUGCAAAAAUGCCCAACAUUGUAUGGUGGAAAGCUUGUGUCAGAGAGUCCUUUAUGAGGGCUGGAUAUCAUUACGAUGAGGAGACAUUUGAGAAAGUGUUCCGACGCAUAUAUGCAUCCUUUGGUUCCUCUGCUCCUUAUUCCAUCUUUCCUGACUCCCAACCAUUUCUAAGAUGGGUCCAUGAACAAGGUCUUAAAGUUGGAAUUAUCAGCAAUGCGGAAUACCGUUAUCGAGAUGUAAUUCUUCCAGCAUUGGGUGUCAACCAGGGAUCUGAUUGGGACUUUGGUGUGUUCUCUGGUAUCGAAGGCGUGGAGAAACCAGACCCAAGGAUUUAUGAGAUUGCGCUUGAGAGGGCUGGAAAUAUGGCCCCGGAAGAGGUUCUGCACAUAGGGGACAGCAUGCGCAAAGACUAUGUGCCAGCAACAAGUAUUGGGAUGCAUGCGUUGUUAUUGGAUAGGUUUAAGACAUCUGAUGCUGAGGAGUGGAGGAAAUCUGGUGCGGUUGUGCUUCCUGACUUGGAAGCAGCAAAAGAAUGGCUUACUUCAGAGAAGUCAUCCUGCUGA